UAAUAAUAACAAUAAUUACAAUACUAAUACUAUUAUUAAUAACUCUAACGAACACAAUAGAAGAAUCUGUGUGUGACAUCAUAAAGGAGGGUUUUAACUUGGUACAUUCCGAGACUAUAAAAGGCCCACCAGCAGCAGCAUCACCACUUCAGUCCUUUCAGAGCUACUGUUGAGAACACACCGCUGUCUUUAAACACCCAAGUAAGUUUGACCAAACGCUUUUUGUCACUCAAAUCAUGAACAGAAGAAACGUGUCGUGGUACGACUCACGUCUACACCCAGAAGAAAUGGAUUAUGAGUCAGACAUGGAAAAUGAUAUGUUUGAUGAAAACGUGUCGUCGUACGACUCACGUCGACACCCAGAAGAAAUGGAUUAUGAGUCAGACAUGGAAAAUGAUAUGUUUGAUGAAACAGAACAUACAUCUGUCUUUGAUGCUGAGAUAGAGUCACUUCACUAUGAGACUAAAUUACCUGCUGAACUGGAGUUCCCUGGAUCUGAGACGGUCGACUCUGAUUCUGAGACGAUGGUACCUAGAUCUCAGAUGGUUCAGCGGGAAUUAGCUGGUUUUAAACGCUCAAGAAAGCCACAACAACCCCUUACUUUCACUGAACUCAUCGACUUUACUUGUUAUGGUGAGUACAAAAAGUCAGAUCUACUGUCUACAACUAAAGAGAUGGAGUCUGAGAUGCCAGAACAAACAUCUGUAUUUGAUGCUGAGAAAGAGUCUCUUCCUAAUGAGACUCAUUUAUCUGCUGAACUGGAAAUCUCUGGAUCUGAGACGGUUGUCCCUAGACCUCAGACAGUUCAGCAGGAAUUAGUUGAUUUUAAAAGCAGGCAAAUUGAUGACCUUUUGAAACAAGUGGAUCAUUUGAAAGAAAAACUGCAGAAUACAAAUACUUGUUUCAGUCAGGAGAAGGAGAAGAGGCUUGCUGCCGAGAACCAGUGUGAAAAACUGGAGGAACGACAUUUGGGCUUAAAAGCGAUGUUAAGCAGAGAAAAAGAUGAGAAAAUCAAUGCAGAAAAGAAGUUUCUUGACAAGCUGGAGAAAUUAAAGGAGCAGCUUUCAGAAAAGAAUGUUUUCAUCGAAAAUCUGCAAACAGAUUUAGAUCAAGAACGUCGGUUCAGACUCGUUAGUGUCCAGGAGCAGAAGAACGCCCAGCAUAAAGUUAACGAGAACUAUAAGAAGGAAAUGAAAGAUCUUAAGAAAAGGAACGGUGACCUCUCUGAGAUGCUGGACAACGUUAAAACGGAUCUGAAGAACAGAGACAUGAAACUUCUGGAAGAACGAAAUGAUUUUAAGCAUCAGCUCAAACAGAAGAAGCUAAUCUGCGAAGAUUUAGAGAAACGUUUGAACAAAGAAAACGAGCUCCGCCUGACCUGUGAGGAAAAACUCAAAAAAGCUAAUGAUCAAAUGAGUUCAAUGAAUGGAAAUCUCAAGAAGGAGAUCAACGACCUGAAACAGAAGAACUUGGAGCUCAGUCAGACGCUGAGAAGUUGUCAGGCUGUAGAAACUAAAUCAGAACAGAUGUGUGAGGAUCUGCAGAAGUUUAAACAGCUGCUCCAUGAAAAAAUGUCCGUCUGUGAAGAACUUAGCAGCAGUCUGGACAUGGAGAAGCAGCUCAGAGUUAGCUACGAGGCUCAGCUGGACUCUAACAGGGCGAUAGCCUGUGAGAACUCAGAUCUUAAAGAGCAGAUCAAAGAUCUGACUCAGAGCAACUCUGAACUCAGAGUGGUCGUGGAAAACCUGACCGCUGAGAACGCUGCUUCUCACAAGGAGUUGGUUGAGCAGCAGGAGAGCUUCAAACAUCAACUCCAGGAUAAAUCUGUCGCCUGUGACCUUUUGAAAGAAAAACUGCAGAAUACAAAUACUUGUUUCAAUCAGGAGAAGGAGAAGAGGCUUGCUGCAGAGAACCAGUGUGCGCUUUACAAGGAGCAAACUAAAGAGAUGGAGAACGGUUUGGUUCAGCAGCAACAAAAGCUGGUGGCUUUAGAAAAGCAGUUACAGGAGCAGAAAAACGUGAAUAAAGAUUUACUAGAAAUCUGCUCAGAUCUAAAAGGUGAGACAGACGAGUCUCGUUUUUCUGGAGUCUCGAGAAACGAUCUGAUCGAGAACUUUGAAAAGCUGGAGGAACAACAUUUGGGCUUAAAAGCGAUGUUAAGUAGAGAAAAAGAUGAGAAAAUCAAUGCAGAAAAGAAGUUUCUUGACAAGCUGGAGAAAUUAAAGGAGCAGCUUUCAGAAAAGAACGUUUUCAUCGAAAAUCUGCAAACAGAUUUAGAUCAAGAACGUCGGUUCAGACUCGUUAGUGUCCAGGAGCAGAAGAACGCCCAGCAUAAAGUUAACGAGAACUAUAAGAAGGAAAUGAAAGAUCUAAAGAAAAGGAACGGUGACCUCUCUGAGAUGCUGGACAACGUACAAACGGAUCUGAAGAACAGAGACAUGAAACUUCUGGAAGAGCGAAAUAAUUUUAAGCAUCAGCUCAAACAGAAGAAGCUAAUCUGCGAAGAUUUAGAGAAACGUUUGAACAAAGAAAACGAGCUCCGCCUGACCUGUGAGGAAAAACUCAAAAAAACUAAAGAUCAAAUGAGUUCAAUGAAUGGAAAUCUCAAGAAGGAGAUCAACGACCUGAAACAGAAGAACUUGGAGCUCAGUCAGACGCUGAGAAGUGGUCAGGCUGUAGAAUCUAAAUCAGAACAGAUGUGUGAGGAUCUGCAGAAGUUUAAACAGCUGCUCCAUGAAAAAAUGUCCAUCUGUGAAGAACUUAGCAGCAGUCUGGACAUGGAGAAGCAGCUCAGAGUUAGCUACGAGGCUCAGCUGGACUCUAACAGGGCGAUAGCCUGUGAGAACUCAGAUCUUAAAGAGCAGAUCAAAGAUCUGACUCAGAGCAACUCUGAACUCAGAGUGGUCGUGGAAAACCUGACCGCUGAGAACUCUGCUUCUCACAAGGAGUUGGUUGAGCAGCAGGAGAGCUUCAAUCAUCAACUCCAGGAUAAAUCUGUCGCCUGUGACCUUUUGAAACAAGUGGAUCAUUUGAAAGAAAAACUGCAGAAUACAAAUACUUGUUUCAAUCAGGAGAAGGAGAAGAGGCUUGCUGCAGAGAACCAGUGUGCGCUUUACAAGGAGCAAACUAAAGAGGUGGAGAACGGUUUGGUUCAGCAGCAACAAAAGCUGGUGGCUUUAGAAAAGCAGUUACAGGAGCAGAAAAACGUGAAUAAAGAUUUACUAGAAAUCUGCUCAGAUCUAAAAGGUGAGACAGACGAGUCCCGUUUUUCUGGAGUCUCGAGAAACGAUCUGAUCGAGAACUUUGAAAAGCUGGAGGAACAACAUUUGGGCUUAGAAGCGAUGUUAAGCAGAGAAAAAGAUGAGAAAAUCAAUGCAGAAAAGAAGUUUCUUGACAAGCUGGAGAAAUUAAAGGAGCAGCUUUCAGAAAAGAACGUUUUCAUCGAAAAUCUGCAAACAGAUUCAGAUCAAGAACGUCAGUUCAGACUCGUUAGUGUCCAGGAGCAGAAGAACGCCCAGCUUAAAGUUAACGAGAACUAUAAGAAGGAAAUUCAAGAUCUUAAGAAAAGAACCGGUGACCUCUCUGAGUUGCUGAACAACAUUAAAACGGAUGUGAAAUACAGAGAGAGGAUACUUCUGGAGGAACGAAAUGAUUUUAAACAUCAGCUCAAACAGAAGGAUCUAAUCUGUGAAGAUUUAGAGAAACGUUUGAACAAAGAAAACGAGCUCCGCCUGACCUGUGAGGAAGAACUCAAAAAAACUAAAGAUCAAAUGAGUUCAAUGAACGGAAAUCUCAAGAAGGAGAUCAACGACCUGAAACAGAAGAACUUGGAGCUCAGUCAGACGCUGAGAAGUGGUCAGGCUGUAGAGACUAAAUCAGAACAGAUGUGUGAGGAUCUGCAGAAGUUUAAACAGCUGCUCCAUGAAAAAAUGUCCAUCUGUGAAGAACUUAGCAGCAGUCUGGACAUGGAGAAGCAGCUCAGAGUUAGCUACGAGGCUCAGCUGGACUCUAACAGGGCGAUAGCCUGUGAGAACUCAGAUCUUAAAGAGCAGAUCAAAGAUCUGACUCAGAGCAACUCUGAACUCAGAGUGGUCGUGGAAAACCUGACCUCUGAGAACGCUGCUUCUCACAAGGAGUUGGCUGAACAGCUGGAGAGCUUCAAACAUCAACUCCAAGAUAAAUCUGUCGUCUGUGAAAACCUGGAAACAGGUUUCACCAACGAACAGAAGCUCAGACUCCAGCUUUCCCAGCAACUCCAGGAAACAUCUGGCCUGUGUGAGAGCCUGGAAAACCAGCUUAGAGAUGAGCAGAAGAUCAGACUUGGUUUGGAGACUGAGCUCGCCCAAAACAGAGACGUGGUCAGUGCAGGUCAUGAUGAUUUGAUGGCCAAACUAGAACAGAUGGAGGAAAAAGAAACGAAACUCUGUAAAGUCGUCAUUAACCUCCAGUUAGAUCUGUUUAGAAGAAAAAAGCAGCACGAGGAAGAGUUGGGAAUCCUGAAGGAACAAGUCUCUAAACUCGAGGCACUGACUACAAAUCUGGAAAGUCAAAAUCAGAUCUUAAGACAAAAAACUGAAUGUUUUAACCCAGAUCAGCAAACAGAAGCGAUCAGUGAGCAGAACGUGGACGCUGCAGUAGGAAACAAGAGUCUUCCUGCUGAAAACGACUCUUUAGCAGAAAGCCUCGAGUCCCAGAGAGACGCUCCACACUCAGACACAAAAAAACUGGAUAAAGUUUCUGUGUGGAGGCGUUUCAAGAAAUCUGUAACACCGGGAUGUCUCCGUCAGCACAAAAACAGACAACCUAGCAACUAACCUCCCUCCUAACUAAUCAGAAAAGGCUCAUUAGAAGACAUCCCAUUGGGCAGCACUGUCCAGGAUGAAUUUGAGAAGUUAAACCAGCCACUGCCUCCCCAAAGACCCUGUUUAGAAAAAAAAAAGAUAAAUAAACAAGCCCCCCCAACACACACACAGAAGGAAAAAACGGGGCAUCAUGGUGGCACAGUGGCUAGCACUGUUGCCUCACAGAAAGGCCACUGGUUCAAAUCGGAUCAGCUUCCUUUCUGUGUGGAGUUAGUAUGUUCUCCCCAUGAAUGCGUGGGUUUUCUCCCGGUGCUCGGGUUCCCCCCACACGCCAAAAACACACUAAAAACACGCUUAGGUCAAUCGGUGACUAAAUUAUCCCUAGCUGUAAGUGAGUCACGGUGAUGGACAAGACCUGCUUGCUCAGUAGGAGGGACUGCUGUAAAAUCACUGACACAAGUCAGUGACUCGAUGAGAUCUUCCUUAGAUAGGAAAAUUAUAACUAAUUAGAAUAAUGAAGUGAACUCAGGACACGGUUUAAUACGAAAGGUUCAACUGCAGUGUUUGCUUUUUGAGAUGACUGCUGUUUAACUUGGUGCUACAUAAAUAAACUGAACUGAAUAACUAAUCUGAGAAAAGCAGCUACAGCUUCCCCCAAAACCCUUAAAGAGAAAUCAGACCUUGUCAUGGACGUCACUAGGAUUGAGAGA